CCCCCUCACCGGCUCAUGGCUCCGGCCCACAGCGAAGGGCGCCCGCUGCCCCGCUCCCAGUGUCUCUUCCGUGGCCUCCCCGCCCAGAAACACGCUCUGCGCCGCGGGUUCCGGCUCAGCGCCGGGUGGGGAGAGAGCGGCUUUCCGGCUCUGCGCGCCGCAGCCUCUCUCGGGCGCCCGUCUCGGCUCCUGCUGCCAGUCGGGCCCUUUUCAACGGAGCAACCGCCGGCGCAGGGCCGCUCCACGUGGGGCCGGGGCGGGCCAGACAGGGACGAUGUUCACAAACAAGCUCUUCACACUGGUGCUGGUGGUGCAGCCCCAGCGGGUGCUGCUGGGCAUGAAGAAACGUGGAUUCGGGGCUGGGCGCUGGAAUGGAUUCGGGGGCAAAGUGCAAGCGGGGAGCUGCUGGAAGAGAGCGGAUUGACCGUGGACAACUUGCAGAAGAUUGGUCAGAUCACCUUUGAGUUUGUAGGUAACUCUGAGCUCAUGGAAGUCCACAUCUUCCGGACAGACAGCUUUCAUGGAGAGCCAACAGAAAGUGAUGAAAUGCGUCCGCAGUGGUUUCAACUGGAUCAAGUGCCUUUCAGUCACAUGUGGCCAGAUGAUGUCUACUGGUUCCCCCUACUGCUCCAAAAGAAGUCGUUCCAGGGCUAUUUUAAGUUCCAGGGGCUAGACACUAUUCUGGAGUACACGCUGAGACAAGUGGAGGAGGUUUAAGAGGAAACAGCAGCAUUCCGCCCUCACCAAAUACAUCAUUGCCCAUAUUGGGCCAGGCCCCAACUAUUAGGUGUUAACAUGCCAUAGUAGUGGCCACUUUAUGCAAUGCUCUCCUUUCUCAGCAGAGGAGACUUAUCUACUGGAUGGGUGGAGGAGAAAAAGUGGCUUUUCUCUUGAGGGAGAACAAAAGACAGCAGUUCUUGUGCUGGUGCAGUUCCAAGGUGUGGGGUGUUUCAGUUAUGGCUUGGUAAUGACUCCCAUAAUUCAAUGGUAUCCCUUCUCCUUUAACAGUUAGAUCAAUAAUCUGCUCCUUCUCAGAUGGCUCUCUUUUACAUUAAAAUACUAAAAUAAA